GUACAUUUGAUUGAUGAUUUACAGGUGGAUUUGGAUUUUUCGAUUCCCUUCCUUUCUAUACCAUUAAAACCUACUGUGGAUAACGUUUUCGGAUCUAUCGGUAUACCGACAGUGAAUGUGAAUUUACCAGCUCUCGUACUAGGAGGUGGCGUGGUCAUCGCCUCAACUUUUCUGCUCCCACUCCUGUUCAAGAAUUAUGCACACCAUCCACCAUACGAGAGAUACGCUAAGAAUAUUAGAUGGUUAAAGUUCGUCCAAUAUAUACGAGUACAGCGGACUCUAAACUAUUGUAGGAAAAUGUUCUCUAUUACAGUAUUGGAGCAUACUCAAUUCGGGGCCGACGGUGUACUGGACUUUGCUAGUAACGUGCUGAGUGGCGGCGUGCAGGGUUGUGCGCUCAGGGUUGCUUGCUGGUCCGGCCAACGUGACCACGAAGACGGGGCGAAAUUCUGGACUAGAGUUAUGAGUAACCAGCUGUUGUCCACCCUGGUAAACUCUACGGCGGUAGAAGACGCCAUUGCAUCAGGCCGGCGUGGCCGGGACUGCUCCGUGUACUCCCCCUGCCCGCUCACGGCACAACACUACCCCAUGCUUAUGAAGAAUUUGAUACAACUGACUAAUACUAUUAGUUAA